AACAGGCUGCCUGACACCUUUCAGCCCUCUGCUUCAGCUACUCUGGUGCAGACCUUUGAGCACUUACUGUAGAAUGGUGCCUCACUACUUCAGCCAAAACACAGCACCCUGCCCACACCGGACGGUAAACCAGACAUGGCAGUCCCUCUGCAUGUAAAGACCAUGGGAGCGACGCCGGUCCAUCUUCCCAACUGAACUGCUUUAAAAACAAACAAACGGAUUAACAGUUUAGAAGAUGACAGGAUAGCGUGGAUACUAUCAGCAAAAUGAAUCCCUCCUCUCUGGACUGGUCUAUUCAGAGCACAUUGUCAUCACUUUUCCCCCCAUUUGAGGCCACUGCUCCAACCGUCCUGAGCCAGCUCUUUCGCACCAUCGAGGAGCGUUACCAUGGUGAUGCACUGCAGUGCUUGCUGGACUACCUCAUUCCAGCCAAACACAUCCUAGAGAGUGUUCAACAAGCUGCAUGUGCUGAGUACUCGGAUGUGUUGUUCCUGUGUGAAGGCUGGCCACUCUGUUUGAGAGACCGCGUGGUGAUCCAGCUAGCCCCCAUUAACCCACUGUUGUUACGUCCUGGGGACUUCUACUUGCAGGUGGAGCCUUUUGGAGAACAGUCGGCCCGCAUAGUCCUUAAGAGCCUCCUUGUGCAAGAGGACCUACUGGCCCAGGAGAACCUGGUGGGUUUUAGGGCGCAAGAAGGCCCCACAGUAGAAGAGGCUCCCAUCCCAGAGACCUCCUACCCUUGUAUUUUUACUGAGACCUGGCUAAAGGAGGUGAACGAGGGACGUCAUGGUUACCGACUACAGCGGUGCGUGCUUACAUCUGAUCAGGGGAUUGUGAAAGUGCCCUGGACUGAAGUGGUCAACCCAGAGUUUCUGGAUAGGCCAAAGGUUAAGAUCCAUUCCGCAGCAAUGACGUCAUGCUCAGUAAUAAUGCAAGACAAUCAACCUCCUGAAGAAGAGCCUGAGUCACAGUUUACUGCAAACCAGGCUCCACUUGAAAUAGAAACCAUGAUUCUUCCAGCUAAAGAUGGGGUUGCAGUUUCAGUUCGGCUGGUGGAAAGUGGCAGCAGACUUGUUAAGGUGGAUCAGGGCAAACCUGUGAGCCAUUCCGUGGGCAAACCUGUUGGCAGGGUCUCCCCUAAUACCUGGGACAGCAGGCAUAAUCGAGAGCUUGAAGGGGAAUAUGUGGACCUCUUGGAUUUUGCCAAGGACAAAGAGGUAUUGGGUCUCAACAAAGCCAUAAUACCUACAGUCCCAGUAAAUUUCAGGCCUGCUCCGUCUCCACCAAAAAGAAACAGUGUCCCUUGUGGCCAGUCAUCAAAAGGAGCAAUGGAUAAGCUUUGCAUUCCAUGUUCAAGAAGCAAACAGUUUCCAGGAGAUUUCCAGAAGGGUUCAGAGUCCAAAUGCAGGCAUCGGCAAUCUUAUUUAGCAGCUUUAAGAAACCCUGUGAGUUUUGAGAAAGCAAGUCUGAUGGAACCCUUGGAUGAAGCAUGGCCAGGAAUAGGGGAAGUAGAACCAAGCUGUGAGGAACAAGGAGCUAACCAUGGGGUCGAGUCUUUGAACUGCUCGGCAGGCAGGAGUUCCACCCGACCGGUGCAAUCUUGCAAGAAUUUCACUCACCAAGAUCAAAAUCUAGUUCAAUCAAAUAUGACCACAAAACAUUUUGAUCAGAAUGUAACACAGCCCUUGCUUCUUGCACAAUUUCCAGAUAUUCUUCCUAAGACUAUACUGGAAUGUAAGGCAUUUUCUGACAGCAGGCACCUCUACCUGAGUGAAGUCCCAAGACAGGAACCCUGCCAAAUGCGGAGCAGUGGCCAGAAGCAUGCCAAAACCCAACACUUACCUAAAAUGGGACUGAGGGCUUUGCCUGACCAUAGCAGUCACAGACAGGAGGCCAGUGCUUCCAAAUGCCAAGGUAUAGGAAGGCAACAAAUGAAUAGUUUUCAAUAUGGACCUACAUCUCUACAAUAUGAUUUUACACAGCCUACUGGACAGAGGCCUUCUCUUUUUCACCACCCCCAGAACAAUCCGAAACUGCUUCAAGACCAAAACAGUCCUAUGGGCCAAUGGCCUUUAUAUGACAACAAGCAAUGUGGUGAAAGCUCUGUGCACGUACUGAAAACUUCAGGCAAAAGCAAGUCUAAAGGACGCUCCGUGUCCUCAGUGUCUGACACAGCCAGAGAGUGUGUGCAGGUGGAGAAGCUGACCAGCAGGAGUCUAAGUGAUGUCUACCCUGAGAUCAUCCCCAUGGUGCCAGCAAUCCAUGCCAUGCAGAGCAACAAAUGCACUGCCUUUGGCCUGGCGUCCCCAAUACUGGACAGAAAGAAAGCAGCUAAAAAUGAUACAUCUAGUCCUGGUACAGGUGAACUUAAGUCCCCUCCACUUGCGAAUGGGCUGAAGCUCCAGAGCUCCCUUGCUGAGCUGCCCUCAGCAGCACAGUCCCAAAGCCUCUCUCCUGGAUAUGCAAAUCAUCUUACUCCCCUCUCACUGGUCCCCUCCAUCAAGAGCCUUCUCCAACUGGGCAUUAUCUAUCUGCCAGGCAGUCGCGACAGAGUUGGCCGAGCCGUGCUUGAGGUCCAUGGGGGGCACACAGGCUGGGCUCGCCCCACACUCUGCCCUCUGGAGCUGUGCAGACUGCUCCUCUACCUACACUCCGUUCCCCGGAGAGCGGUGAGAGACCUUGGAUUGACAAUUGUGAUUGACAGCAGGAAGUCCCCGCCUCCCUCAGUUCUCUACAAGGCACUGCUUAUGGUGCAGGAGCAGACCCUUCAUGCUGUACACAGUAUCUUACUGUUGGUAGAUAAAGACCAAAGUCCUCGACCAGAGAGAAAACCAGGAUUACAGGUGGAUAUUAUUACAUCACUUAAAGCGCUUCAUAAGACUAUUGAAGGACAUCAGCUUUCCUCUGAACUCGGAGGAACUUUUCCUUAUAAUCACACAGACUGGCUACAAUUCCAGCAAAAACUGUCCCUCUUUGAGCUGGACCUACAGGGAGCAGUGUUACUGGAGAGAGCUAUAAAGAACCUGGACAGCAGCAAGAAACAGACGCUACAGGAUGUAAAGAGCCGUAUCCAGGAGCAGAAGAGUUUAAUGAGAGAGGUACUGGAGGACGGACGUAUGGUCACUCUUCAAAGGGAAGGCGGUGCUAUGUUAGCCAGAAUGCGCAAGGAAGAGUUUCGAUUUGCCCAGUCUGAAGAUUACAGAGACUCCAUGGAGGCUGUGACUUGUUUGUAUAACCAAGUGGAGGAGGGAGUCCACACACUGGUGAUAAGGUCUAACCAGUCACUUCAGCGCCUUGACCAUGUGCUCAUACUGAGAGAAACAGAAGAGGAACUCAAUGCUACCAGGAUGUGGUGUAAAGAGGAAGAACAACAAUGGCUGAAAGACCAUAAAUUGUUGGAAGAAACUAGGGAGAGACUGGAGCAGAGACUAGCAGAUCUUCACACUGUCCUCACACAGGCAAAGGAAAAAAAAGAGAAACAACUGAUGCUGAUCAAGGAUGUGGAGAAAAAGAUCCAGGGAACAAAUUAUCCUGAGACCGACAUUUUUCACCAUAACACAAUGAAGUUCAAGACCAAUAUGGCUGCAUUCCAGUUACAGGCCGAGCAGUAUAAAUCUGACCUGGAGUCAUUUAUCAGUCUGUAUCAUUUCUGUGAGAAGGCUUUAUCUCUGACCAAAGAAUGCAUUCACUAUCUGGAACACAUGGAGAUGGGUUCAGGGAAGGCCCAAGUAAGCAAGCUGAAGAUCUUUGAAGAGAAACUUCGAGCUUUUUCACCCUGGCAUUUUGAGGAGGAGAGAACUAAAGUCAGGACUAUGCACCAUCCAGGAGAGUUGCGAGUGUGGGAGGAGGCCUUGGCCCAGUGCCAGUUUGUCAGGCAGAGGCUGGAGGAGAUUCUGCUGGAGUCUGAUGAGAACCAGACAUCCCAGAAGCCUCCACUCAAGGAUGCUGGGGUGUUGAGGAAUUCGGAGGCCCCUUUGCAAGCUUCUUCACCCUGCAAAACCAUUGCCUCCUGGGAAGACAUGGCGACUGGGCCUUGGGAGGCAGGAGCUGCCAGUCAGGCACAGAGCACAGACAAUAACACUGGGAGUGACAGUGAAACUGUGAGCUGUUUUCAUCUCCAUUAUAUGCCUGGAGGGAAAUCCAGAAAAGGGGGAUGUGCACCUAUGGUGGUUGAUGGUUUAAACAUAGCGAAAAACUGUAAGAAAGAGUUCAGAGCUGACCUGUCAUCUCAAACACAGACAGAGGAAACCCAAACACACACACCAUUCAUAACAUCAUCCAGUGAAAAAAGGCCUUCUUGUACUCUUCAAAAUAAACUGACAGAAUCCAACGACUCUCCCACAAGGCUAAUAGCAAUCAUAGAUAAUGAUGCAGCAUUAAAAAACGCCCUAAAAACAAGGAAGUUUUCUUGCAAACAUCAUAGUGAUAGUGAUCUCAGAACCAUUGACCUAACCACAGGGGGUGACAAGUUGCCAUGGAAAGGAACCUUACGUCACUCACAUAGCGAGGGUUCCUGUGUGAGUUCUAAUUUACAAUCAACAUGCUGUCCUGUAUCUGUGCGCCAAAAACGUUCUACAGAUAAACCCAGCAUGCUGCAAGAUGACCAGGAAUCUAUAGAAUCUCACCAAGACAGCCUCUGCUCUGACUCUUCCAACGUGCAACUGGAAUGGAUCCAGAUGGGUAACAGAAGCAGGCCCAGGGUCUCUCUAGAUGACCACAGUCCUCAAGUGUCUCAUCAAGAGGGCUUCUGCUCAGGUGUGUCCAACCCCAUGGGAGGCUGGGAGGAAGAGGGGGGAAGCAGUGCGGUCCACCCAGAUGACACAGCCUCAGACUCCUUCCGGUUAGGCCCUGUAAUUCCAGACAGGAUGCAGGAAAGCUCAUCCUGCAGCCGUUUCACAGCACUGGAGAACGACAGUAAUGCACUUAAACUGCAGCACAUCAUGGAGGAGCUGUUGCACACAGAAAGAGAAUAUGUAAAGGCACUGUGCUAUGUCAUGGAGCACUACUUCCCAGAAUUGGAGCGUCCUGAUGUACCCCAAGACCUGAGAGGUCAGAGGGGAAACAUCUUUGGGAACCUUGAAAAGCUGAGAGACUUUCAUCAACACCACUUCUAAGAACUAGAAUUUUGCCUGAGAGAGCCAUUUCUUGUGGGACGUUGUUUUCUAAGACACAAAGAGAGUUUUGGUCUCUAUGCUCUCUACAGCAAGAAUAAACCUUGUUCCGACAACCUAUUGAUUCAUUAUGGAAAAGAGUUUUUCAAGCAGAAACAGCAGCAACUCGGGGAUAAGAUGGACUUGUCAUCAUAUCUGCUGAGACCUGUACAGCGAAUCAGCAAAUACAGCCUGCUUCUGCAGGACAUGCUUGGGGAGUGGGACUUGGGCUCACAUGAAGGUCAUGAGCGAGCUGAGAUACAGGCCGCACUAGAGGUCAUCCAAUUCCAACUUCGCCAUGGCAACAACCUUCUUGCCAUGGAUGACAUCCAGGAAUGUGAUGUGAACCUAAAGGAACAAGGGCAACUGAUCUGCCAAGAUGAGUUCUUGGUGUCAUUCAGGAAGAAGAAAUGCUACCGCCAUAUUUUCCUCUUUCAAGAUCUUAUCCUAUUUAGCAAGACUAAAAAAUCAGGUGGGAAUGACAUAUACAUCUACAAACAGUCCUUCAAGACAUCAGACAUAGGGAUGACACAUAACUGUGGUGAUAGUGGGCUGUGCUUUGAAAUUUGGUUUCGGAGGAGGAAAUUACAGGACACGUACACACUCCAGGCAGCAAGUCGUGAGAUGAAGGGAUCCUGGACCAAAGACCUGGAGAGGAUUCUGUGGGAGCAGGCUAUCCACAACAGGGAGGUUCGCAUGCAAGAGAGAGUGUUUAUGGGAAUUGGAUACAAGCCUUUUAUGGACAUUAAGCCCAGUGAAGCUGCCAUCUGUGACCGUGCCAUUAACUGUGCUCUAACUGGACAAGAGUGCAAGCCUGCAGUUUCCUCUGGGAUGUCUGACUCUCAAGUCAGAUUUCCUGCCCAGAGACCAAAUUCUACUGGUUCAACCAGCUGGACAUCAUCUGGUAGCCACUCACCUUCCUCUUCCUCCUCAUCUGGACGGUGCUCCAUGUCACCUGUCAGUGACCUGAUAGGUCUCAGUAGAAGAGGGGUUUCAGCACCUGGUCAUGGAAGACCUAAUUCUGGAGUCCUAGAAGAGUAUGACAUAGAGCAGGAAAAGGGCAUCCAAAUUCUGCUGGUGGACAGUUCAGAAUCUUCAGGAGAAAGUGUGAGUGGAUUCAGCAGCUCCAGCUACAUGUGUGAAGAACACUCAGAGAUAUCUAUCAUUGGUGUGAGGAAAGCAUGUGUCCAGAAAAUGGAGAAUAAUCACCAAAAAAAUAAGGACCAACCCAAAUCAUUUCCAAAACUACAAAACCAAAAGAGGGACCAACCACUUAAAAAGAUUCAAACAGAUAAUCAUAUGAGAACAUCAACUGAAGUUUAACUUUGACUGAUAUUAGUUCAACUAUGGCGCACUAUGGACCUUGGGAAAAGAUUGAAUAUGUCUGCUCUUCGUUAUUACGUGAGGAUAUUUGAUACCUUCUUAGACCAGGAAAGCUCAAUCCUGGAGACUGUGACAGGAGAUGGUGUAUAGCCAUGCAUCAUGCUAUUUAUUUAUUUUUUUAAUAACCCUUGUGGAAUCCACCUGUUUCUGUUUAAUCUUCUGCAAUGCAUUGUUUUUAUAGCCCAUUGUUUAACCAAGUUUGUACUGAAUCUUUAGUUUGUUAUCUAGGUUUAGUUCAUGGUUACAGUGUACAUUGUCAGUUAAAGUGUGUGUGUGUGUGUGUGUGUGUGUGUGAACAUGUUUGUGAAUGAGUGCUUUUUCUGUAAAGAUUCCACUGAAUCUAUUAGAUGCAAUCUUCCUUUUUCCACUUUUCGAUGUCUUAUAUAGUCUUCUGCUGACGAAACAGGUUAAGGUCAUAUAUGAAUCUGUUGGGGUUAGAGCAUUGUCAGUACAUCGUAUUAACUUACUUGUCUACGUUUCUGUGAAUGUUGUGAAACUAUUUUCCCCAGAAGUAUUCACAUGUGCAUAAAUGUGCACAAGUGCAUAAAAUGUGUGAAAUGAGGGAGUGGAUAUCUCAUGAUCUCAUGAACCAUGUAGAAUUUGUCAUUCUUCUCACUUGAAAAAAAUACAUGUCUUCCUUGAAAGAGGUUUGUCUACAGUUGCUACAUCUUAAUUGCUUUUUCAAAGCCUUUUUGUGAAAGUUUUCACAUGUGAUUGCUAUUUUCUGAAUUCUAAUAGGAAUGACAGUGAUAACUAUACAUAAUGUAACUAAUCUAUAUUUUAUAUCCAGUGCAUCAUAGUUUAAAUACAAUCAACAAAUAAUAAUGUAUAGUCCCAUCCAAAACAACUCAUUAAAAUGUAAACUUGUC